CCCCCAUCCCUCUUUCAUCUCACAACCAAGAACACCAUGCCAUCCCAGCAAGUCUUCGAAGGAAAGGACGAUGCGACCUACACCACCUCCAACGGUGCUCCCUUCGCGGUACCGUACGGUGCCCAGAAGAUCGGCACGACCGGUCCUCUGCUCUUGCAAGACUUCCACCACAUCGAUCUUCUCGCCCACUUUGACCGCGAGCGUAUUCCUGAGCGUGUCGUCCACGCGAAAGGCUUCGGUGCCCACGGAUACUUCGAAACCACCCACGACGUCUCCGACCUCACAUGCGCCUCCCUCUUCAAGAAGGUCGGCACUCGCGCCCGCACCACUCUGCGUAUCUCCACCGUCGGUGGCGAGUCGGGUUCCCCGGAUACCGCUCGUGACCCCCGUGGGUUCGCGAUCAAGAUCAGGACUGAUGAGGGUAACCUCGACUGGGUGUUCAACAACACUCCUGUGUUCUUCAUCCGUGACCCUGCCAAGUUCCCUCACUUCAUCCACACCCAGAAGCGUGACCCACAGACGCAUCUGAAGGAUGCCGAUAUGUUCUGGGACUACCUCUCGCAGAACCCAGAGUCGACUCACCAGGUCAUGAUUCUCUUCUCCGACCGUGGUACUCCUGAUGGUUACCACAUGCAUGGUUACUCCGGCCACACCUUCAAAUGGGUCAACGCCGAAGGCGACUGGGUCUACGUCCAAGUCCACGUCCGCCACGACGAAGGCUUCAAAACCCUCGACAACGACACCGCCGGCUCCCUCGGCGGCUCCGACCCAGACUACAGCACCCAAAAACUCUUCGAAGCCAUCGAAGCCAAGAAAUACCCGUCCUGGACCGUCUACGUCCAAACCAUGACUCCCCAACAAGCCGAACAAUUCCGCUACAACGUCCUCGACCUAACCAAAGUCUGGCCGCACUCCGAGUUUCCUCUGAGGCCGGUGGGGAAGAUCGUACUGGACGAGAACCCGCAGAAUUAUUUCGCGGAGAUCGAGCAGGCCGCGUUUUCGCCGUCCCAUCUCGUUCCGGGCAUCGAGCCCUCCGCGGACCCGGUGCUUCAGUCCAGGCUUUUCAGUUAUCCGGAUACGCAUAGACAUCGUCUUGGGACGAAUUAUCAGCAGUUGCCUGUUAAUGCGCCUGUCGUGCCGGUGGCGAAUUUCCAGAGGGAUGGGGCGAUGACGUUUGUUAGUCAGGGUCCGAGACCGAAUUAUCAGAGUUCGAUUGCGCCGUUGGCGUAUAAGAAGAAGCCGUAUGAGGAGAAGGACUUUAAGCAUGAGGUUUUCUUGGGCAACGCCCGUCUCGAUCUGAGCGAGAUUAACGAGCUCGACUUCGAGCAGCCCCGCGCGCUCUGGGCGAAGGCGAUGGACGACACCCAGCGCGAGCAUCUCAUCUACAACUUGUACUGCCACAUGAAGAACAUCAAGAAGGCAGAGAUCCGCGACCGUCAACUCUCCGUCUUCGCCGCCGUCGACCAAUCCUUCGCAGACCGUCUCGCGAAGAAACUCGGGGCGUCGCCCGUGCAGCCGCUCAAGGCUGCGCCUGCGGCCGAGCUCGUCAGGGUGAAGCAUAACAUUGGGUUUAAGGCCUGA